AGGCAGCAUGGUCUCCGACCUUAGCCUGUUCCAAACGGAACAAACGUACUAAAAAAAAAAUCAUUAAUACUGUGCAGAAAAAUAUUAGUUCAUUUUACAAUUAUAUUAAAUAAUUUAUUUUUAAUGUAUUUCAUAUCCUUCAUUUUCUGAAAAAUUAAUUUCAUUCACAUUACACAUUGUUGUUUUAAAAUGAAUCUUGUAUCUUAAUAUUUAAUGUAAAAGUAAUCUAUUAAUUGCGAUUUCUCAAAUAGAAAAACAAUAGAGAUUUAUUGACUUGCAAAAUGAAUGCCGACUUGAAAAUCGCAUUUUCACGGAUUAAGCCUGUUUGUGAUGUUGUGAUGAUAUGCCCUACUUCUGAAAGCAUAGCGACUUUUAUUUCUAGUGUGUCACAGCUGAAGAGGGAGGUCGUUCAAGAACUGCAGCAGUAUUUGUUAUUUCCUUUCAUUACCCACAUCAAGUCGACGGAGAUCGAAAAGAAGUAUGAACUACAAACAAGAUUGAUUGAUGCAAUGAGGGUGGUUUUGGAGAAAGUCACAGUGAACAAUUAUGAAAUGUUAUUGAAGAUUGAAACUGGGUUGCUCCAUUUAGUGUUUGAGAAUUCUCAACCUGGAAUGAUUGCUAAUGUACCAGAAGAGCUGAAGCACAGUGUAGUAAGAGCACUAACUGUUUUGAUAGUAAACCUGGACAGGAGGUUUAGAGAGAAACUGCUCAGAACACAAAUACCACUGCUUGCACAGGCUAUAUUUGUGUCGGUACACAUGGCUAAGUUGGAAAAGCUAAGGGCUCUCAGAUUGGCAGCAAUAAACUGUGUAACAGCGCACACAGCUACUCACCCCCAACUGAUGAACGGCAAGUAUCACUUAUAUGAUACCAGAAUGGAGAGUACAGUGGUUGAUAUGCUGUCAAGUAUCUUGCCCGGUCUGUUGGCAGCACUGCAAGAUGUUGCCACAUGCACAAAUAAUCCAGGGCAUGCUGUUGUUGUGGCUUCAAUAGAUGCCAUUCACCGCAUCCUAUGCCUCACAAUGCAAGAUAAGUUCUUAACAAAGAAAAACGAAGUAACCGUUGAGGAUAUAACCAAAAUGGUGAAGGAAAAAACCAAAUUAGCAAGCGGUGAUAACAAAGAAGUAAGCAGUAAGGAUAAAUUAAGCGUGACCAAACGAUCACCGGAAUGGUUCGCGAUGGCCGGCGAAAGAUUGGUGUUGAUUACAAAAAGCUUGCAGACCCUGCAAACGCACGAGCAUUAUAAAGUCAGGAAGGAGUUGGCCGUGUACUGCUCAAGAAUCCUCAUUGAAUGUAAUCGAACCAUGCAACCCUCUGUGCCGAUAGCGUUAGACAUUCUGAUAGCACUGGCGAAGGACGAGUACCCGCUCGUGUCCGAGUAUUGUUCGAAAGCAGUCGACACGUAUUUCAACGAGGGCUCCGAGGACGCUAAGAUGAGGAUAAUGGAUCAACUGUGUGAUAACUUUUUUGCCACAUUGAAUAGUUUGCCCAGCAUACUCAACAAUAUAGACGAUGCCAGAAAACUGUCGGCGCUGAACUUGCUGCACGGGUACGUGGAGGCGCUGUGUUCAGGUGAAGCCAGCCAGCAGAGGCUAGGCCGCGCGCUCAGCGGCUGCAGCGGUCUGCAGCGGUUGUGUGCCGCGCUGCAGGCCGCCGCUACACUGCACACCGAUCUAGCGCUGCUGAACCAUCGUACAGCCACAGAUGUGGGCUGGACGUCGCCGGGUGGUGUCCCGUGGCGCCGCUUGCGGCACGUGGACGCCGCGGGCGAGGCGCGGCUGCGGGCCGUGUGCGGCGCGGUAGGGGGCGCUGCGUGCGCGGCGCUGCUGCUGGACGCGCUGCUCGACACCCUGCAGCAGACUCGUCCGCCAGAGGUCGCCUGCCUGCUCAACUGGAUGGCCGCCGCUCCAAAAUCCCCUAUCCACCUAGUGAAGCGCAUAUUGGACGCGUACUUAGAGGAAGACAUGUGGUAUUUGCCACUGGAAGUGACCAGUACGGAAGCACCGAUCACUAAGGACGAGACUCUAGAUGUCACCGUGUACAACCCGAGGGCGUGGACAAAGGAAUCCGUGCCGGGACUGUUCGAGGGUACCGUUGAGACCCGCUACACGGACAUCAGUUACCAGCACCAGCGGACGGCUAAGCCGACCGGCGGCUGCCACUCGCUAGCAACCGCGCAGCAGAACAUGGUGCUGUCGUGCCUGCUCACAGAGGGCGUUGGCGUCGUGGCUGUGCGCCUCCGGGAGCAGUACCAGCCGUACAUGCUCAAGACCCUGUGCUUGAUCUUGGAAAGAGUCGGCAGCAAAUACGAGAUGCUCCAUCUGGCGGGACUGAAGGCAAUUAAUGAUAUAGCGCACGCGUGCGGUCAUGCGACCGUGGCCGAGCUCAUACGCUGCAACGCGGACUAUUUCACCAAUCAAGUAACGUUGAGGCUCAAAAAGGCGUGGAAUAGUCAGUCGGCAUUGCAGAUACUGUCUGUUGUAAUGAAGUACAGCGACGUCUCUAUGUCGGACUGUCUGUACAGCAUUGUAGAAGAUGUACUAGUGCAAAGUUGCGAUAAAUAUUACGAGAACAAUCUAUAUGACUACUUACAAGUGUUCCUAACAUUCGUACAAUGUAUACGAAGGUGGUACCCAGCAGAGACUCCAAACGAAUCGGACGAAGACAAUGUUCACUCGAAUAUAAACAUAUUUAAUGAUCUGAAAGAAUAUAUAAAGAAUGAAGAGGAAUCGGAGAGGUUGAUGAGCAAUGAUGAGUUUGAGAAAGAAAGUGGCAAGACUAUAGAAGAGAUGUACCAAGAAGAUUUAAAAAAUAAAGAAGACAAUAUAUUGGAUUAUGACGAUCGAGUUACUGAAGAAAAACCGCCUCUCCCCCAACACGUCACUGUAACUGUGACGAUCAUAAACCGGUGCAUACACUUCAUCAGCUCAAAGAGUCGCGAUGAGGCCAUGCUGGCGUUGCAGAUAGUGAAGGAGGGCCUGCAGCAGCUGCGGUCGCACGAGGACCAGCUGCUGCCGCUCGUGCACCGCAGCUGGGCGCCGCUGGUCGCCACCUUCGCUGCCCAGGAUAUACCAUGCCUCACGCAAGCGUUACAACUUUUCCUCACGCUGGCGGAACUCUCCAAGGACUUCAUAUUGAGCAGAGCUGUCAAGGAGGUCCUGCCGAAUAUCUACAAAAACCUACACAAAUCAUCGUCCGAGAGCUAUCUGAAGGACGCGGGGUCAGCGUAUAGGAACAGCCAGGCGUAUUCACUGCAGGCAGCCACCCUCGCCACCCUGCCGCGUCUCGCCGUCAACCUAGGACUGCAUGACGAACACUUGGACGAAGCGAUGAACUGCGUCGACGUGUACUUGUCGAAGAAACAACCCAAACCUUUACAGGCACUGGCCGUAGAAUUCUUCAAAAUAAUCUUAGACUACGAUUACGGGGCUGCUUGGCAUCAUUUGAGGAACCUUUGCAACAAUAGCCACGUGUUGAACCCGCCUCCUACACCGCAUAUGUCCCUACAGCCCGUCACCGGCACUCCGUUCAAUGCCAAAAACAAAAACUACGAAGCAAAUAUCAAGUUAAUAUUUAAUUAUAAUAUUAGUUAAGUCGUUUUGUAAAAAAAAAAAUAAAAAAUAAAACAUAAAUGGCAGUA